ACUAAUAACGAGUCAAUAAUAGUCACCUGUAUAACCACUGGCUGGCCAGCAACUCAAGUUGUAUGGAAGCACAACAAUGUCCAGCUAUCCCCUGGCAGUGGAUUCACAAUGAACCAAAGGGUGAUGGACAGGGAGCAGUGUACAUAUAAGAAUGACCUCAUUGUUGAGAAUUCCGUGAAUCGUCUCGGCACAUAUAGGUGCGAGGUCAAAUCACUGCGUCAUAACAACGUUACCAUAGAUACCACGGUCGGGUCUGUGACCGUGCAAGCGGCCGGUAAUGUACGAGUUGCCGUGACGACCAUGGGAUCGCAGGAAGUUGGUGAAUCUUUCUAUCUAAACUGUACUGUUAAUAAGAUUAAUAAUGUCUCACUGGAGAUAAGAUGGAUGAAGGAUAAUGUAACUAUAGUCUCUGAUAUGAGUAAAGGAGUGAUGCUUGGUGGUAUUGGAGAGGAUGCUGAUUCUGUUAGUAGGGUGCUUAACCUGAGUCCCAUCAGACUAUCUCACACUGGCCAGUACUCCUGUGAUGCUGUCAAUGGUAGUGCUGUGGAUGGUAGAGCUACCAUUAGGGUUGAUAUUGAUGCUCCCUACCUGUCCCUCUCCCUAGACCCCAGUCCUGAUCUAUCUCUCACACUGGGAGAAGAGUACACCCUAAUGUGUGCUGCACUAUUACCAGACUCACUCAAUCCAACUGUUGCUUCCAUAACCUGGUACAAGGACACUGUUCCUUUCACUAGUAAUGGUAUCACUACUAAUCUAGCUGAGGGAACUUCUAAUCUUAAUCUUGGUACGGUCCUCUCUCAAGAGGCUGGUAAUUAUACUUGCGUGGCUAAUGUUUCGUCUCCUUAUAUUGAUACUGGGUAUAAUCUCAUUGUGUCUAAUACCACACUAAUCACUGUGUCAAUGCCUGAGCCUAAUUCAGUUGUGUUGGCUCUUAACUAUCUAUCCCCACCCUAUUACGCUGGCCUCAGACGUGACCUUCAAUGUUCCAUUGAUUCAUUAUACAUACACAAUGAUCCUACAGUUACAGUCAGCGUUGAUAUACUGUUCAAUGACACAAUUGUUCCUUCUGGACUUUCUUCUAAUGGGAGGAAAAACCUACAACAGUUAUCGAGUAAUCCUAGUGGAGGGCAGUAUCGAAAGACUUUACAAUUUCAAUAUUUUGUGUCUUCUGAGGAUUCUGGUGUAUACACUUGCAUGGUCAGCGUGUCGUCAAAUUAUUUAUCAAGUUAUAUUGUCAAUGCUUCUAUUAGCAGGACCAAUGAAUAUGACAUUGUUGCUCCCAAACCAGCAGUACUAUUAAACUCCACAAGAUACCACCUUCCUAAUCAUCCUUCAUACAACACAGCUACACUAAUGUGUACUGCUACCUUACAACUGAUAACCUUUGACUUUCUAGUGUUCCCUAAAGUACUUACAUGGUCUGGUCCUUCAGUAUCAAGUGCAACCCCAGCUACUAAUCCAACUGGUGCUGUUAGUGAGAGCUCCCUACAGCAAACUUAUACCACAGCUGGUAGCUAUAAUUAUUCAUGUACUGUAUCAGUGAGUGUACCUGGUGAUCCUACUGCUAGUACUACUGAUGCUAUUAGUGUAAUAGUGACUGCUCCAUCACCCCCUCAUUCUCCAGUAAACACUUCUGCUGUCAACAUUCGUUAUAAUUCAGCCACCAUCAGGUGGAUAGUCCCCAGUAUAGCAUACACUCCUGAGGAAUAUGUUGUACUUUAUGGAACUAAUUCAACUAAUAUGAAUGACCUAAGUUCUGUCGUUAAUGGAUCAACUAAUUUCAGUAUCAUUGAUUCCGUGUUAACGGUUGAUCUAUUUGAUUUGACUCAUGAUACAGUGUAUCAUUUCAGGAUUAGGUCAACUAAUACUGAGGGGUCUACUGAAAGUGAUACUAAUAGUUUUAAGACAAGAGAAAAACCCCCCACUGCUCCUCCUAGUAACUUUACAAUAAACACUAACACUAACUCAAGGUCUCUCUCAUUCUCCUGGGACCCCCCUCCCCCUGAACACAGGAACGGUGACAUAUUAGCUUAUAAUCUUACUUGUUACGAAACUGUGGGUGGAGUUGUUAAUUUAAUAACCACGCCCAGUUUUCCUCGUAUCGUCAACGAGGGUGGUUCAGUUCAGUUUGUUCUGAGUGGGUUCCGUCCAGGGACUCUUGUUAAUUGUACUCUGACAUCUUCUAAUGAUGCUGGUACUGGUCCUUCUGCUACUGCUUAUAUUAGUACUAUACAAGAAGCUCCUGGCGGACCUCCUCUUAAUUUCGUGAUACACACAAUCACUUCUACUAAUUUCACAGUCUCCUGGGAGCCACCAAACCUUCUCCUCCAAUAUGGAACCAUCACCGGCUACACACUCUCAUGCACUGAGCUUGAAAGGAACAUUGUACCAUCUUUAUUUCCUAUAAAUUAUACUCCUGAUCUAACUAAUGCAACUGUUAGUGGACUGAGACCAUUCACGGCUUACAGUUGCAGUUUAACUGCUAGUAAUGCAGUGGGGGCUGGGCCACCUGCUAUUGAUACACCAAUGACUGAACCUAGUGCUCCUAGUGGUCCUCCUCAAUCACUAACUCUCACUUUAAUAAACUCCACCACUCUCACCCUCUCAUGGCUACCGAUACCCGAACUACAACAAAACGGAAUCCUCACUAACUACACAGUCGGUUGUAACCAAAUCCCGCCACAGCUGGUACCUGUGGAGGAUACGCUAGAAAUGACCCAAUCACGCUACAUGCAUAACAUAACUGGUCUCAGACCAGGGGUGGUCUAUAGCUGUUAUGUGUUUGCCAAUACUUCAGAGGGUAAUGGACCAAGGGCCGUUGGUAGCAUAACGACUGGUGAAGAUGCUCCUUCCAGUCCUCCUGUUAAUCUAACAGUAUCAACAUUAAGCCACACCUCCAUAUUAAUUGACUGGGCCCCUCCCUCUACUCCUAAUGGUGUCAUUAUUGCGUAUACACUCUACAUUGAUCAUACCAAUGGAACCAGCACUACAGUGAAUGUAACAAGGAAGGGUUCUGUUAUAGACACUGUGUAUGAAUACACUGCUCUCAGUCCUUAUCAGUUGGUUGUAGUGAGUGUAUCUGCUUGGACUUCAAUAGGAGAGGGACCUGUCAGUCCUAUUGUUCACAUCACCACUGACUCAUACAUUCCUGGUCCAGUAGUUGAUGUGACAUAUACUCCAUCAUCCGAUGGAUCAUCAUUAAAUGUCUCAUUCAGUUCAACCAAUCAACCUUACUCCAAUGGAAUGAUAAUGAACUAUACAGUAUCACUAGUACUGUAUACUGGUAGGGACUCAAUACAGAGCUCAACAGUCAAUACUUCACUGGAUAAUGUAGUUGUAACCUUUACUGCAUUAAGUAAAUUUGUUCCAUACAAUGUUAGUAUUGUGGCUUUUAACGAAAUCGGAAGAGGCCAAGAAAGAACAGACAUUGUAUUCACUGCUGAAGGAGCUCCCCCUAAGCCCACUAUCACUGAUGCGUUGCGUAUCAACGGCUCCACAAUGUUCGUCAAGUGGAUCCUAAUCCCUAUCACUGAAUCACAUGGACACAUAAGCCGGUACACAAUAAGGUACUCUCCUAACUCAAGGAAGAGGCAGCAGCCUGGCAGUAUCAGUGUUCCUGGUAAUAGAGACAGUGUGUAUAUUAAUGGAUUGAGGGCUGGGUCUACUUACAGUGUUACUGUCUCUGCUAACACUGGAGGAGGAGAGGGGAACUCUAGUGACAGUUCAUUCGUUGAACUACCACCUACUACAACUGGUCCAGGGGAAAGUAAGGAACCUACAUGUACAUGUACAUGUGUACAUAUUAGGGUUCUGCCUAUAAAUAAAUUAGAGGUGGUCGGAGACUAAUAUUGUUCCUUU